ACCUUAUGGGACAUCCUAAUAUUUUCUACCCGCCAUUGUCACUCUUAUAUUGUUCGUUCACGUGUCAAGACAUGAAAUGUAUUGAAUUCUUUUUAUAAUAAAUUAGCAGUGAAUUAAAAGUAUCGAGUGUGUAAAAUCUAUUCUUAUCGAACAUCUUGUUGAUCUGGACAUCUUUCGGCCACCCGUACCAUCGGCGACGUUGAGGGAUAUUAACUAAUUAAAUCUCAUCUCGCAGGUACGUCCAGAUGCAACAUCUGGCGAACGAGGACCUGGACUGAUCCCUCACACUCGCCCGGAUACUUUUUUCGAGAAAUUUUUGCCACGUGUCGCUUUCCCGGACGCACAUAACCUCACUUUGCAAAAAUGUUGGGCGACCCAACUCAAGUGCAGGCGCAAAUGCUUCAAACUCUCUGUGUUCUCACGGAGGAGGUGAAAAAUCUCAAGGCUGGGCAAUCUCACACAGCCACACCUGAAGCUUUGGUGGACAGCCUUGCGCGUUCUAUCACGCCAUUCACAUUCAAUCCGGAAAGUGGCUCGACGUUCGAAUCUUGGUACAACAGAUAUCGCGACACAUUUCUUGAAGACGGAAAAGCACUGACAGACGCUGCCCGUGUACGAUUGCUCAUGCGACGCCUUGAUGCUUCAGCUUAUGACAGAUACGCUAACAAUGUCCUGCCGAAGAAUCCAGGAGAGAUUUCGUUUGAGAAUACGGUGCGGAAACUCACAAAACUUUUCAGUCGCGGAGAAUCUCUUUUUUGCCGCCGACGCAAGUGUUUGCAACUGGUGAAAAAUGAUCUCGACGAUUUCACGACGCACGCUGGUAUCGUCAACAAGCACUGUGAAGAAUUUCAAGUCAGAUCUUGCCCGUCAGAUCACUUCAAGGCACUUAUCUUUGUGCUGAGUCUACAGAGUGAGAAGGAUGUGUACAUUCGCGAACAACUUCUGACAAAACUCGAAACGCUCCCCGCGGAACAAAUCAAUCUCGAAUUUCUCACUGAUGAGGCGCGACGCCUGGCCAAUGCAAAACAGGAUUCUCGACAGGGUGUCUCUGGCGCCAAAGAGAUAAAAGCCAUCAAAAAGGAUCCUCCUGCAGCAAAAGGGAAUGUGUCCAAACCCAAAAGCAAAGCUUCUGGCCAACAAGGGAAGCCGCCUCGCCCAUGUUUCAAGUGCGGUGACAUGCACUUCGUAGCUGACUGUCCCCACAAAAACUCUCGCUGCGACGAAUGCAAUCAAGUGGGCCAUAAAACGUCUUAUUGUCCACCUACGCGAGACGAUUCAUCAAAGAAACCCAAGAAAUUUCAGCAAAAGAAGAAGACUGGCAACGCAAACGCAGUUUACUCUAUCAAUGCUGCUUCCCUCGUGGACAGGAAAUUUCUUACAGUGCGUGUCAACAACAACGCAAUCCAAUUCCAAUUUGAUACCGCUGCGGAUGUGACGAUCAUCACACGCGAUACAUGGAAACAGAUUGGCUCGCCUUCUUUGAAGAAUACUCACAUUGGUCUCAAGGACGCACAGACCAACCCGAUGAACAUUUCCGGUGAGUUAUUUUGCAAUGUUUCUUUCCGUGGUCAGGAAAAGCGUAUUCGCGCAUUUGUAUCGGAAGCCGCAAAUGCAAACCUAUUUGGCAUUGAGUGGAUCAGCGCAUUCAAUUUGUGGGAUGUUGCACCAAUGGCAUUCUGCAACGCUGUCAACGCGAAUUUCGACAAGGAUGCUGCUGUGAAAGAGUUGCAAAACUCUUUUCCCGCUGUCUUCAAUGAGGAACUUGGGAUGUGUACAAAGUUCACGGCUUCUAUUCAUCUCAAGGAGGGUGUCACUCCAAUUUUUCGUCCGAAACGAGAAGUUGCUUUUCACGCGCGCGAGCUUGUGGAUGAAGAACUCCAAAGACUUCAAGCGACUGGUGUCAUUUCCCCAGUUGAGUACUCACCUUGGGCUACUCCAGUUCUCGCGACUCGCAAGCCAAAUGGUCGCAUUCGUAUCUGUGGAGACUACUCUACAGGUGUGAAUGAGUCAAUUGAAACGCACAAUUACCCCAUUCCCGGCCCAGAUGAACUUUUCGCAAAAUUCUCUGAUACUCGCGUUUUCUCCCACAUCGAUCUCUCAGACGCUUAUUUGCAAGUACCUGUUGACGAAGAGUCAAGCAAAAUUCUGACAAUUCACACCACUCGUGGCUUGUUUAGAUUCAACAGACUCCCACCUGGUAUUCGAUGCGCCCCAGGUAUUUUUCAGGAACUUGUUGAGACCAUGCUGGCGGGAAUAAACAACGUGAUCGUUUACUUCGAUGAUAUUUGCGUAGCGACCCAAACUGAGCAAGAGAAUCUUGUCGUUGUCAAGAAGGUUCUCCAACGACUCGAAAACUUUGGAUUUCACGUCAGGAUGGAGAAAUGCAAAUUUUUUUCCUCUGAAAUCAAGUUCUUGGGCAUCGUCGUAGAUGAAUCCGGACUGCAUCCAGACCCAGAGAAAGUCGCUGCUAUUCGCGACAUGCCAGCACCAAAAAACGCGUCCGAAGUCAAGAGUUUUUUGGGUGCCAUACAGUUUUGGGGAAAAUUCAUCAAAUCGAUGGGAGAUCUUCGCGCCCCUCUGGAUGCUCUGCUGAAGAAAAACACACCUUUCCGUUGGACUGCGGAAUGUGAGAGCGCUUUUCAGAAAUUUAAAGAAAUCCUCACAUCUCCAAUGCUUCUCACUCACUACAAUCCGAAGUUGCCAAUCCUCAUCGCUGCCGACGCAUCGUCUCACGCAAUUGGUGGCGUGGCUUAUCAUCAGUUCCCUGACGGAUCAAUGAAGGCUUUUUAUCACGUUGCGAGGAAACUUACGGAUGCUGAGAAAACGUACUCUCAGAGCGAGAAGGAAGGUUUGGCUCUGGUCCAUGCUGUGAAGAAAUUUCAUAAAUACAUUUAUGGCAGACAGUUUACACUGUACACCGACCACAAGCCAUUGCUCACAAUUUUCGGAUCAAAGAAAGGCAUACCCGUUCAUACAGCCAAUCGAUUGCAACGCUGGGCAUUGGUUCUUUUGGGAUAUCAUUUCGACAUCAAAUAUAUCUCAACGGAGAACUUUGGACACGCUGACAUCCUGUCCAGAUUGAUUGCAAAUCAUCCGAGGUCUGAAGACGAGUACAUCAUUGCCCAACUUAAACUCGAAGAGCACCUUGACUCAACGAUCAUCGAUGACGUCGUAUCUCAUUUGCCAGUGAGCUACAAGAUGAUUCGUUCUGCAACGGAGAAAUGUCCAACACUUCAGCAAGUCUCAAAAUACAUUGUUGGAGGAUGGCCUAGCACACCGAAACCCAUCACCAAUGAUGAACUCAAGCGCUACUACCAGAUCAGAGACUCCUUGUCUUUGAACAACAACUGUGUGCUUUAUCAUGAAAGGAUUGUGAUUCCACAGCAAUACCGCGCAAAAAUCCUCAAGCAGUUGCAUUCAUCACACCCGGGAAUCACCAAAAUGAAAUCGCUUGCAAGGAGCUACGUUUAUUGGCCUGGAUUGGAUGCAGAUGUGCAACAUGUCGUGAAAACUUGUCAGGAUUGUGCGAUAGCAGCGAAAUCACCAAUCAAAUCCGAGUUGUAUUCAUGGCCGCUUGCUACACGUCCAUGGCAACGUGUUCAUAUUGAUUACGCUGGACCUGUCAAUGGAAGUUACUACCUCUUGGUCAUCGACGCACUGACCAAGUGGCCAGAAAUUUUUCGCACGACAACCACUACAUCAAGCUACACGAUCUCCAUGCUCACGGAAACCUUCGCACGCUUUGGUUUGCCUGAAGUCAUCGUCACAGACAAUGGAACGCAAUUCACUAGCGCUCAAUUCAGUGAAUUUUGCAAGUCCAAUGGCAUCAACCAUAUUCGUACAUGCGUGUAUUCUCCAAGCAGCAACGGACAGGCAGAGAGAUUCGUGGACACUCUCAAGCGCGCUUUGAAGAAAAUGGACAACGACCACUCUGCUGAAGUGGCUCUACAAAAGUUUCUCACAACCUAUCGCAUUACUCCUAACGAGAACGUUCCUCAUGGAAAAUCUCCGGCUGAGAUCAUGUUUGGACGUCGACCGAGGACAAUCUUUGAUCUCCUCGCACCACCUACUGAACCGACUGACCCUGUGCGCAAUCAGAAGAUGGAGGAACAGUACAAUGCCAAACAUGGAGCAAAGAGACGUACUUUCGAAAGGAAGGAGGGAGUGUAUGUGAAGAAGUAUUUUCCCGGAGGAAGAUUCAAAUGGGUUGAAGGAGAGAUCAUUGAGCGAAAGGGUAAUGUUAUCUACACCGUACGUUUGCCCAAUGGUAGCAUUAUUCGCGCUCACGUCAAUCAAAUGAGACCACGCUACGAGGAUUCGCACAACUCUUCUGAUGCACAGUCUCCUCCAAAUCAAACAUCUCAGACUGCUGACCCAGAAAAUUCUGAGAGUGAUGACGAUUUGCCAUUGUGGUUGGUUCACCAGGAUACAGCUCCAACACCAGCGCAACCGGAUCCUACUCCUGCUACACCUGAAUCACCACCGCUACAACGCCCACCAUUCGAAUCAGCUCGACGUCGUUAUGGGCUACGCAACCGUGAUACCCUCCGACGUCCACUGCGAUAUUCUCCUUAGGCGGGGGAGGUGUUGGAUGGUAACCUUAUGGGACAUCCUAAUAUUUUCUACCCGCCAUUGUCACUCUUAUAUUGUUCGUUCACGUGUCAAGACAUGAAAUGUAUUGAAUUCUUUUUAUAAUAAAUUAGCAGUGAAUUAAAAGUA